GCAGAAUCUCAGCAUGUUGAAGGACAAUUCAGAGUAUUGAAGUAACAUAUUGUAUACUAAUAUGUAAAUGAAAGGGAAAAAACAAAUACAGUAUCACCUGGAGAACAGAUAAACAAAAUAUACUGUCAAAAGUGUCAGUUGUACUUAAAAAGGUCAUCCUUGGGUCCUAAACGUAGAAAAAAGAGGAAUUAUAAACAUAUAGGUGGUUUUAUGCCUAAAGUCGACAAGGGUUCUGAUUUCCGCACCAUUUUUUCACCAAAAACUAUACAGAAGCUGCAGGAAUCUUACUAUGAUGUAUACCAAAUGACCUUUGGGGUAUAUAUAAAAAGUUCAGGUUGGCCAAUUUAUAGCCGGACACUCUGUACCACACACGACACCUCCAGUCAUCGCCCCAAAAACGCCAAGCAACUUCAAGAACACGGUAAAACAAACCCAUAACUGUUGUAAUGCAUUAGUUGACUGAAUAAAAUAGAUUUAGUAUAGGCUAAGAAAUCACCCAUAUUCAAAGCAC